GAGUUUCCCCACGUGAUUAAGCUUAUAUUUUAUACUGACUCUGUUCGAAGGCUUUACUCCCAUACGUAAGAGACCCUCUGCCCUGUCCCUCUUCUGACCUGAAAAAUGAGCUAACAAGGUGCUAGAUUGAGGAAUAUUACAAGAUCAACUACGCCAUAGUGGCCUGCAUGUUCCUCAGCCCCUUCGCCGGCUACACCCUCUCCGCGUUCAUGAUCAGCAAAAUCCACAUGCGCUUCGGCCAAGUUGGAAUCGCCGUUAUUGCUCCAACCUGCAAGAUCAUUGCCUAUGUCAUCACCUGCGUGCACCCGCCCUUUCCAGUUGUCCCUGUCUUUUUAGUCCUGACUGGUCUCGGUAAUGGCCUUGAAGACGGAGCCUGGAACGCUUGGGUGGGCAACAUGGAAAAUGCCAACGAGUUGAUGGGCAUCCUCCAUGGCGCAUACGGACUCGGUGGCGCCAUUGGCCCCUUAAUCUCUACCGCCAUGGUCACAAAGGGUGGUCUGCACUGGUACACCUGGUACUACGUCAUGGUUGGAUUCGCCGUCCUCGAGAUCCUCCUCGGAUACUACGCCUUCCGCUCCGCAACCGGCAGCGUCUACCGCGCCAAACACCCCGUAUCCACCACCGGGCCCCCCGAGUCCCGCACGCGCGAAGCGCUCAAAUCCAAAAUCACCUGGCUCGUCGCCGUUUUCCUACUUGCCUACGUCGGAGGUCGCAUUGGGGGGGUGGAUUGUGACGUUCAUGCUGCAGAUGCGACAGGGCGAGCCGUUCGCCUCGGGGAUAGUAGCUACGGGCUUCUGGCUCGGCUUAACCGCCGGCCGCGUCGUGCUUGGAUUCGUGACGGGGCGCAUCGGGGAGAAGCUCGCUGUGGCGCUGUAUCUCGCCCUGAGCGCAGGCUUGCAGCUUCUCUUCUGGCUGAUUCCUAGUUUUGUCGCCUCAGCCAUUUUCGCCGCAUUCUUGGGCUUCUUCCUUGGUCCGCUGUUUCCGGCUGCUAUCAUGGUUGCGACGAAGUUGCUGCCGCCGCGCCUGCAUGUUAGCGCCAUUGGGUUUGUGGCUGCGUUUGGUAGCUCGGGGGCGGCGGUGUUCCCGUUCGUGGUGGGGGCGAUUGCGCAGGCGAAGGGGGUGUGGGUGUUACAGCCUUUUGCGCUGGCGUUGCUGGGGGUUAUUUUUAUUUCGUGGGUUGUGUUGCCGGGUGAGUUUAAGAAGUCGGAGCUGGAUGAGGAGCAGAAGAAGGUGCUUAAGAUUGAGAAGGAGAGGGGGACGAUCGGCACAGGGACAGAGGCUGUUUGAGAUGUGGAUAGGGGUUUAUCGUUGGCUUCAUCUAUAUGCAUUGCACUAGGGAGCGUCUUACGUUGGGAAAAUCUAGGCUGGGAGAACAGUACAUAUGUACUUACAUUUUGGGAGGAGAGCGAGGAGUAGGGUUUUGAUACUCGGUAGGAUAUUACUUAAUUUGACAUCCGAU